GAACGCCGAAUGCCGUCCUCAAGACAGAGACGGAAACAGAGACUUUAACUGUAACACAAAGGCUCUUACAUACAGGAUCUAACCACCGAUCAGACUCCGAAAAACUGGGCUGUGUUCCUGCUCCAGGCUCAGAGUACUUAAUGGUGUUUCACCAGAGCCAGGGGACAGUUAAUUCCUGUGGAGAUGGUGAUGCCUUAGACACUGGCAUUGAUGAUCUGUCUUGUUCUUACGCUACAGAGGUGGACCCUGACAACAUGCCCUUGGGUUUAGAGACCCAGACUGAUCUGUCUAGAGGGGACUGGAACCGGUACAGUAGUAGUGUAUACUCUGAAGGGUGCCCAGAUAAGAAAGGGGAGGUUAUAGUCGUAGAUGAGGUUACUGUGAAAGUGGAGGGCGACGCUCCUCCCACAUGGAAUGCAGAUAGUCACCUAGGAGACGGACACUCACAGGGCAGAGAUUUCUUAAAUUACAGGGGAAAUCUAAAUGUCGCCACCCACUCCCCUUUACACACGUUCAGGGAUCGCGACCCAGUGUCCACAUCAAUGGCACCUUCCGAUUCACACGGCCGGGUGAUUUUCGAUCAGGUAUUACAUUUAAACGACAGGGCUAUAGCCCAGGCUUGUGGAGGGGGAGCAACAACGGUCGGGAAAGAGAAACUGGCUAACUGGAAUGCAGACAAGACUCACUUAGGAGAAGGACACUCGCAGGGCAACACAAAUAACUUCUUAGAUUACAGGGAAAGUUUAGAGACAAAUCUAAAUGUUGCAACCCACUCCCCUUUACACCCAGUGUCCACGUCGAUGGCACCUUCCGAUUCACACGGCCAGGUUCUUUUCGAUCAGGUAUUGAACUCAAAAGACCAAAGAGCCAAGGUGUGGAGAGGGGAAGCAACACCGGGCAGUAAAGAGAAGCGGUUCCUCUGCAUGUUCUGUAACAAAGGCUUCAGCUGCUCCCAGAAGGUGGAGAUCCACCAGAGGGUCCACACAGGGGAGAAACCCUUCAGCUGUACCCAGUGUCAAAUGUGCUUCACCCAUGCUGGCAACCUGAAGAGGCACCAGAGGGUCCACACAGGGGAGAAACCCUUCAGCUGUACCCAGUGUCACAUGCGCUUCGCCCAGACUGGUGACCUGAAGAGGCACCAGAGAGUACACGGGAGAGAGGCCGUUCGCCUGUACGCACUGCGGGAAGAAGUUCUCAGAGAGGAGCUACCUCAGGAUACACCAGCAGAAAAACCAUUCCACUCUAUAACAUAGAAAGUAACCAUUCCACUCGAUAGCUUCUGAUGUUUAGAUCAAACCCUGCAUUAAAGGCAAAGUUGAAUUUUCAUUGUCGUCAGCAGAAAGGAUCCACAGAUGCAUUUGGAAAAACGAGAGCAACAGAUUAAAGUGUUGAAUAUUCCUGGGUAGAAUAUUGCAUUCAGACAUUGUGUGAUAUAUAAGGCAUAUAUAUACGCCUAAAAAGUCUGUUACAUCUUGUUUGCACUGUGUAGGUUAUAUGUUGACAUAGCUAUUCAAUUACUUCCAUUCAACUACAAAAAAAAUAAUCCUAAAACACUUUUAAUGAGAAUUAUUAUAUUUUAUGCAGUUUAUCAAGUUCAUGAUGAUUUUUAUUUGAGAUAUGUGUAUGUGGUUUUCAUAUGGUGUAUUUAAAACUUAUUCAU